AUGGGUCGAAUAAAAGCUCGUGAUUUGCGUGGAAAGAAGAAGGAGGAAUUAAUGAAACAGUUAGAGGAACAAAAAACUGAACUCGCUUCUUUGCGGGUGGCUAAAGUGACAGGUGGACCUGCAUCGAAAUUAUCAAAAAUUCGUACUGUACGUAAAGCUAUUGCAAGAAUUCUAACAGUCAUCAAUCAAACACAGAAACAAGAAUUGAGAAAAUUUUACAAGGGUAAGAAAUAUAAGCCCUUGGAUUUACGUUAUAAGAAAACUCGUGCAAUGCGUCGCGCUCUUACUAAACAUGAAGCUUCAAUAAAAUCCAAGAAACAAAAAGCAAAAGAAAGCAACUUUCCAAUGCGGAAGUAUGCUGUUAAAGCGUAA